AACGAACCAUCAGCCUGUGACUGUGCGUGUAGAUUAUACAGUGUUGAAAAUUUUUGAAAAUUAUUCUAAAAACAUUGUUUUUCCAUCCUAAAUUAUCAUUAAUCCAUACAAGAACAUUACUAGAACAACCGGUGGGCUGAUACAACAACCAGUUAGUCGUGAAUCGGCAUGAAAAGCGGAUUUUCUGAUCAGGGCUAUCAUCUACAUAAUCCCCAAAUUUCGGACAAGAUGGCGACGGAAGAGUUUGAUGUCGAAGAGCUCCUCGAGGCUCCGUAUAGAAAGGAGGUGAGUAAUCCCUAGUUGGAAGUUAAUGGCCGGGGUUAGAUUAUGGUGCGAUUUCUGUUAAAUAGCUCUGCAUUUUAAUAUCGUCGAAGGUUUAUUUUCAUUAUUUGAAAUUAAUUCAUUAUAUUGGGGGAGGUUUUCGGUGUGGUGCAAGUUAUACUGCAUCUUGAUCCAUGUAAUGAACGAAUGUGUUUUGCAUUUUGCAAACCUGCUGCAAUAUUAGUCCUGAAUUAUGGGCUUUCCGAAACCUGGAAAGUACGCAUACGUAAAACAAAAAACUACAUACUACUGCAUAAAAAAAAUAUUUAGUGCGAAGAACAUGUUAAUCGUUUUCAGGUUCGACUGAAUAAGUCGAGUUAUGACAUAAUUGAACACAUGAAAGUAAUAAAUAAGGAACACAAUCAUCGUAUAAGCCGAUGAAAAUGUGAAAAAGCAAACAAUUUUUCGAUAGCCUAAUAUAUCGAGGAUUUUCAAUCAAACUCACGUAUCCUAUGUAAAGUUUUGCUCUAAAUCUGCAAUAAAAUGAUUCGAUAAAUGUAUGUGAGAUAUAAAUUGUAUUAUCCUAUUUUAGAUCGUGUCGACGGAACCGAAACGACGUCUAGGCACUGCUAAAAACUUUUUGAAGGCAAGUUGAAACAGUUUCUUUCCUUUUGACUUUACAUUGUGCUGCAUUGUUUAUUAAUGUGGUAUCGAAAUGUAUGUUCUUUCCCAUGUGUAAUUGAAGUCGUUUCUUAUUGACACUCGAGUUGUUGCUGCACUUGUAAUAAUCAAGCAAAUGUCUCCUUAUUUGUCCAGGUGUCGAUAGUAAAAAGCAAAAACAAUAGGCACAUUUGCACCCAACAGAACAGCUUCUUUCUAAAAAAAAACACAUCCAGAAAAAGGUCGACUAAAGCGGGUGUCAACACGACAUUAGAUCGAAGAAGUGCUCGUCUUUUACCCCACUGGAAACUGCCGUGCAAGAGAAGCACAGAUAGAUAAAUGCCGAGCAUGCCGAAUAAGAGCAAAGUAAUGACCAGCCAAAUAUGCCAGCGGAUUUGUGUCUUGUAUACGUUUCUGAACAGUGGGUGCAUGGGUUUCAGUUACCGAAAAAUGGCCGAUUCAAGCAUGGUAGUUGCAUCUUUCGUUUUAGAUCCCUCCACGUCCGGUUUGGUGUCGGCGAUCAUCGUUCUACAUCAUUGUCAAUAUAAAGAUCAAUGAGCUCUCUUUGCAGGUUGUUACGGCAUCGGUCGUUCGCCAACUCUUAUCUUCCCUCGUCCUAAUUUUGAGCGUGUAUGUAAGGUCAUAAUGAUUGCUUUUUUGGGUCUCUUCUAGGUCAUGGCUAAUCAGCAAUACCAGUUCGUCACCGUCGAUCGCCUUUCUCUUGGGUUUAUAAGUUUUUAUACAAAUCGGCCUCCAUGCUUGAAUUGGUACUUACGGGACUGACUCAUCUAUUCUCUUAGUCAGGUUUGCGAUUAGCUCUCUUUGCUGGCUAUGGUUGUGAUUAAGGUUUUUCUAUUGCAUUGGGAUUAAAUGGCAACACACAAACUACCUCAAAGGUCACCGGUUGAGAUAAUUCAUAAAGCAACUUUAUUUAAAUGUUUGAAGCCUUUUCCAGAUUACAAUCAAAGGGGCCUUUGAAGUGGAACUAUAACCAUUGAUCCCAUCAAUUGUAGAGCCGACGUUACACUAUGAGCCACCGAGAAGCUGCAAGCAAACCUUAUCCUACACUCAUAAACUUCUAGCUAUGAAACGUUUUCAAAGGCAAUGUUUUCCCUUACAGAUCGAUUGGUUUUAAAGCAUUUUAUGUGCAUGUUCCACAAGCCGAAUGCGUUCAAUAGACUCGGUAACUGGCUGCAAUAAGGUAGAAUAUGAAAUUUCGGACUAUUACUCUAGGAUUCUAAUUGUAAAAAAAAAUCAUGUUAACCAAGCGAGUGUAUUAGCCAGAAGCAAGAUUCCUCAUAUCUCAAGCGUAUUAUUUUUGCAGACAGUGCGAACUCUGUGUGCCACACUUGUUUUCCUUCGCCCACGGUGUGGGUGUAAUGCGUGUACAAAUACAAAUAAUGCACCCCGAUGUAGUGUCGUGGUCGGUCAAUUGUACGGAGUUGGUUGAGGUCCCCGAACCAGAAGGGAUCUCAUUCCGAACGAUGACAGUACGAUACAAAUGGAUGACGGAUCACCAUCAAAUUAUGGAACAUAUAACGGCGAAAAACGAGACCGGGAUAGUGGUCGCAGCAAGUCAUCCAGGCAUCGUAGUCGUUCACGGGAGCGAGAAGAGAGAGGUAAAAGUCGCAAGGAUCGUUCCCGUUCCCGGGAGAGACGUGACAAAGACAAGGGCAGAGAUAAGGAUCGCGAGCGUCACAAGGACAAGGAACGCGAGCGUCGAGCUAGCAAGGAUAGAUCUCGUUCCAAAUCUCACGGUGGACGGGAUCGUUCUAGGGAGAGAAAGGAGAAAGACCGAAGACAUUAUGAUCGUCCUAAAGAAUACGAAAAAGACUAUGAUCGCGAUCGUGUUCGAGAGCGAGAUCACCGUGGUGAUAUACAUCGUCCCCGGGAACGGUUCCCGCCACAUCCACGAGAAAAGGACUUCCGCCGGCGCAGUCGCAGCAAGGAUAAAAGUUUUCCUACAACUUACAGACGCCGUUCCCGCUCGCCCAGACCUUUCCGCCGAGGCCGGACACCGCCCAACGGCGUUCGCUAUCCUUUCCGGGAUGCUUCUCCACCGGAGGAACUUAGCGCGGAGGAGCGCGAUGCACGUACCGUUUUCUGUAUGCAACUGUCACAGCGAAUUCGCGCUCGUGAUCUAGAGGAAUUCUUCUCCAGUGUGGGCAAGGUCCGGGAUGUAAGGCUUAUCACAUGCAACAAAACGCGACGAUUUAAAGGAAUAGCCUACAUCGAGUUUAAGGAUCCGGAAUCGGUUGCGCUGGCGCUUGGACUGUCCGGGCAGCGAUUGCUAGGAAUACCAAUUUCGGUGCAGCACACACAGGCCGAGAAGAACCGCUUGGCCAAUUCACCUCCAGCACCACCGCCAAAAGUGACGUCUGGACCGAUGCGAUUGUACGUUGGUUCUUUACACUUUAACAUCACAGAGGACAUGCUUCGUGGUAUUUUUGAGCCAUUCGGAAAGAUCGAUCUCAUUCAGCUCAUCAUGGAUUCGGAUACUGGUCGAUCGAAGGGAUACGGAUUCAUAACAUUCCACAACGCAGACGAUGCGAAGAAAGCGCUGGAACAGUUGAAUGGUUUCGAGUUGGCUGGACGCCCGAUGAAGGUCGGUAAUGUGACGGAACGAUUGGAUGUCACAACUCACGCAUCGCUCGACACAGAUGAAAUGGACCGCAGUGGCAUCGAUCUCGGAGCCACCGGUCGGUUACAGUUGAUGUUCAAACUUGCAGAAGGGGCUGGUCUGGCAGUUCCGCGAGCAGCUGCUGAUGCAUUACUCGCCACUGCACCACAACCUGCCCCACAGCAACCGGUUCAACAGUCGCCACCGAUUGCCACCCAGUGUUUCCUGCUAACAAAUAUGUUCGAUCCGGCGACUGAAACCAACCCCAACUGGGACAGUGAAAUCCAGGAUGAUGUAGUUGAGGAAUGCAACAAGCAUGGCGGAGUAAUGCACGUGUAUGUCGACAAGCAAUCGCCAGGAGGGAACGUGUACGUAAAGUGCACCAGUAUCGCGACAGCUGUCCUUGCGGUCAAUGCACUACACGGUCGCUGGUUUGCUGGACGUGUUAUUACCGCUGCGUAUGUGCCACUGAUCAACUAUCAUACAUUGUUCCCAGAUUCAGCACAAUCGACCGCUUUACUUAAGAUUAAACGAGCAAACUAAAAUGUCCUGAUUUCUAAUAUUUGGGAGUGUUUGGUUGUGUUGGGUAUGCGUGGAUCUGUGCGAGACAGGUGGUGAGAGUAGUCGUUUCAAUGUGAUAUCAAGUCAAAAAAUUACACAUACCAGCGUAAAGUAAAAAACAAAAUGCAGCAGUCACGAGCGCACCAAAAUUUGAAUCUGUUUGAAAUGUCAAACGGUACAAUUUUUCAAAACCGUGCUUCUGAAGUUUCUCAACAAUGAAUGUAUGCUUGAAGCGUGCGUGAGUCAAUUAAGUUAAAUAAGCAUAAAGCCAACUUCUGCUCUGUGUUGAGAGAUCUGGUGUCCAGGUUAUCAUUUUCUUUUAACUUUAGUUUGUUGCAAGUAGAGCGACGAUAUCGUUUAAUAACCUUUCAGGUCAAUUCGGUUUUAGACGAUGGUGUAUUCGCGUUUCAAGAUUGGUUUGACUUUUAAGUGUUCAUACGUGACAUUACAAAUGAAAUAGCAUUGUCAAAUGGUACAGUUUAGUAAUAGGAAUACUUAAAUCUAUGUUGAUAAAAAUAUAGAGGAGACAGUUCAAUACGA